AUGAGCGGCUGGCUUCGCGCGAAUCCACCGGGGACGGAGGGAAAGACGGCGGAGAAAUCAGGGAUCGGCGGCGGAGAACGGAGAUCCGGUUUCUAUGCCAAGGUAAUGGAGUUUUCUGUUUUAAGAAUGGGAGUAGGAGACCAUUCCGGUUGGGGAGCGGGAAGAAGCGAUUUCAGGGAUCAACAAGACUUGAACCAUGAGCUUCAGAGUGAGGCCCUGAGGGAAGCCAUUUCGGUGGUUACAGCUGAAAGUAAGGAGAAGAAGAGAAAUUUUACGGAGACAAUUGAGCUCCAGAUCGGGCUUAAGAACUAUGACCCCCAGAAGGACAAGCGAUUCAGUGGCUCAGUCAAGUUGCCCCACAUCCCGAGACCCAAAAUGAAGAUUUGUAUGCUUGGUGAUGCCCAGCAUGUUGAAGAGUUGGAUAAUGCUCUUGAUGGUAAGGCAGAGAAGAUCGGGCUGGAGUCAAUGGAUGUCGAGGCCUUGAAGAAGUUGAACAAAAACAAGAAGCUAGUGAAGAAGCUUGCUAAAAAGUACCAUGCUUUCUUAGCCUCAGAAGCCGUUAUCAAGCAGAUUCCCCGUCUCUUGGGACCUGGUCUUAACAAGGCUGGCAAGUACUUCUGGCUAAUGGCUAAUGCCAGCAAGUUCCCCACUCUCGUGACUCACCAGGAAUCACUUGAGUCAAAGGUGAAUGAAACAAAGGCCAUGGUGAAGUUUCAGUUGAAGAAGGUGCUCUGCAUGGGCGUUGCUGUUGGAAACCUCGCCAUGGAGGAGAAGCAGAUCUUCCAAAAUGUGCAAAUGAGUGUCAACUUCCUUGUUUCUCUUCUGAAAAAGAAUUGGCAGAAUGUAAGUGAGGUGUUUGUACUUAAAGAGCACAAUGGGAAAGCCACAACGUAUCUUUUAAGGUUGACCAUGUUUACCUUAAUUAUUUUGCUUAUGCUCAGCUUGUUUGCUUAUAACUGCAUUGUUUGA